CCUAGAUUCAAGCAUACACUUGAUUUUGAAUUAAAAAAAUUCUACUUUUUGUUUCAUUUUUUACCUGAAAUGGCAUUAGCUUGUCAAAAAGACAGUUACCUGAGAAAAUUUACCACGAAAGUAAAAAGUUGUGUGCCAUCUGAGGUAUCAAUUCUCAACCAGAAAAAUAAAAAAGAAAAGAUAAAAGGCUAUGAGGUUGUUUUAGAAGACACCAUUCUGUUUCCUGAAGGAGGAGGGCAGCCAGAUGACAAAGGAACUAUCAAUGAUAUACCUGUGUUGAAGAUAAACAGAAGAGGUGCUGAUGCCAUCCAUUUUAUUACCACAGAAAUCACUGCUGGCACAGAUGUCAACUUAGAAGUUGAUUGGGCUCGAAGAUUCGAUCAUAUGCAACAACAUACUGGUCAACAUUUGAUAACUACAGUUGCAGAGAGUAUGUUUGGAUUCCCAACAACAUCAUGGAAUUUAGGAGAGAAGAUAUCAUCCAUAGAAUUAGAUACACCUAAAAUAACAGAAGAACAGAUUACAGUUCUUGAAGAUGCUGUCAAUGAGAGGAUAAGAGAGAGAAUUCCAGUCACGCCAGUAUUAUAUCAUGAUAAAGAUGAUCCUUCUUUAGCUGAAGCUCGUUGUAGAGGUUUACCAGAUGAUCACGAAGGACCAGUGAGAGUAUUAUCCAUAGAAGGUCUAGACAAUACAUUAUGUUGUGGAACACAUGUAUCUAAUCUAGCACAUUUACAGCUUAUCAAAAUAUUGGGACUGGAGAAGGGAAAAAAGAAUAAGUCAAAUUUAUUAUUUGUUGCUGGUGACAGAGUCAGACAGUAUCUAGGUCGCAGUUACCAAGUUGAAAAAUCUCUUAUGAGCAUCUUAAAAGGACCAUUAGAAGAACAGGAAGAUCUGGCAGACAAAGCAGUCAAAGCUUCCAAAACAGCCCAAAAGGCAGUUGUAUCAUUGUUGAGAGACCUUGCUUUACUGGAAGCUUAUAAAUUCAAAACCAAACCUGACAAAGAAACUGUGUUAGUGCUUCAUAGAAGAGAAGGUGACAAUGAGUUUAUGAAUAAAAUAGUCAAUGAAAUAAAUGAUAAAUCAGUAACAUGUCUGUUAACAGUAGGAGAUGAGAAAGGUGCCGGUUUAUUUUUACUUUCUGGUGAAGAUUCUGUUAUACAAGAACUAGGACCAAAGGUAGCAGAAUUGUUGGAUGGGAAAGGAUCAUGUAGUAGAGGACCAUAUCAGGGAAAAUGUAAUAAACUGUCUAACAAAGCUAAAGCAGAGAAACUUGUCAGGGAAUAUUUAUCAGGCAUAAAGAGUGAAUCAUAAUGACAAUUUAUUGUUAGUAGCAAAAACAAUUAUUAAAAUUAAACACUUUCAGGCUCAGACUUGAUUACAAAUGUUCCAACUUUAACAUUAUAAUCUGUGAAAUAUAAAUGCUGGUCUUAAAUGAAAUAGUGUGUAGAUUUUGUGAUAAUUCUAUUUUUGAUAAAGUGAUCUCUCCUAUAAAUGUUUAUGACAUU